UUCAAUAAAAACGAUAUAUCUUAAAUUUCAGAUGACUAAACUAUUGGAGUGGCUCUUAUUUGCUACUUUAUUCUUUAGCAUAUGGAUCACUGCAAUUACAGAAAGCAUUAAUUUGUCUUUUAUUAUAGAAUUAAAAAGAGUCAUCCUUCUUCUUCCACUCAUUGUUGUAUUGUUAUUUGGUCUGUAUUCAGCUAUCAUCAUUUUAUAUAGAGUUUUCACGUUCAAUAAUUGUGAAAACGCUGCUGUAGAAUUACAAGAACAAAUAGAGGAAGCUAAGAGAGAUCUCCAAAGCAAAGGUGUAAUUCUAAGGAGCAAAUGAAUCGAUAUGUUCCUAUAUAAUUUAAGUUGUAUAUUGCAAUAUGACGAAUUCCUUUAUGUCGAUUAUAUUUGUACAUACUUUUGAUAACGGAUAGUAAAAAAAUUAUAAACAGCAUAAAAAGCGUUCGUCUCUUGAUAAUGAAGAGUGUAACAUCAUAACAUCUUUUUAAUCGUACAUAUACUCGCAUAGCAAACGGGGAAACAAGCGUGUUUGUUUGCGUAUAGACUUAUCGUUUUUAUUUAUUAAAUAUGCAAUUUUUGUAGUUGUAUUACUUGUUCUACAUCGUGUUAUGUUUCUAAUAAAAUUUUAAUAUCAGUA